CCUUCCCUCAAGACUUACCUCCCUCAAUCCAGGUUGGGCAGACCUCACAAAUGUCACUUCUUUUUGUUUGUUUGUUUUUUGCGGUGCGCGGGCCUCUCACUGUUGUGGCCUCUCCUGUUGUGGAGCACAGGCUCCGGACGCGCAGGCUCAGCGGCCAUGGCUCACGCGCCCAGCCGCUCCGCGGCAUGUGGGAUCCUCCCAGACCGGGGCACGAACCCGUGUCCCCUGCAUCGGCAGGCGGACUCUCAACCACUGCGCCACCAGGGAAGCCUAUAAAUGUCACUUCUUUAGUCACCCAUUCUGGGAUUGCCCAAGCCUGUCUCCGAGUGGGGCCGGCCGGAAGGACAACGCUUCCCAGAAUUCCCUACGAUCUGGUGCGACCAGCACCCAGGAACUGCAACUCCCAGGAUUCUGCACGCGCCCCGGCGGCGGGGCCUUCUGGCGCCGACUCACGCGAAAAGGAGAUGGCAGAGGGCUCAGGGUCUCGGCAUCGCUCGCUGUAUAAACUGGUGGGCUCGCCGCCUUGGAAAGAGGCUUUCAGGCAGGGAUGCCUGGAGAGAAUGAGAAACAGCCGGGACAGGCUCCUAAACAAAUAUCGCCAGGCUGGAGGCAAUAUGUCAGGAGGAGCUCAGAACACCUUUCUAGUGCAGGAGGUGAUGGAAGAAGAGUGGAAUGCUUUGCAGUCGGCGGAGAGCCGGCCAGAGGCCUUGGCUCAGUUGGAGGAGCCGCUGGACCUGGCCGUGCUGGAGGAAAUCCAACAGGAGCUGAUUGAUCAAGAACAGUCCAUCAUCAGUGAGUACGAGAAGAGCUUGCAGUUUGAUGAAAAGUGUUUCAGCGUCAUGCUGGCUGAGUGGGAAGCAAACUCCCUCAUCUGUCCUGUGUGUGCAAAGUACAAUCUGAGAAUAGCAAGCGGUGUGGUCAUGUGUCAGUGUGGCCUGUACAUCCCAUCUCAUUCUCCAGGGGUGACAGAGCAAAAGUUUCGCGCCUGUUUAGAAGACAGCGUGAAUGAGCACAGUGCAUGUUGUCCCCACACGCCGACAUUUUCCGUCACUGAAGGAACAGAGGAAAAGCCCAGUCUUCUCAUGAGCUGUCUGGUACGCCUCCCACAGGACCCAGUGGCUUGUGAUACUUGGGCUGUGAUCCUCUAGAGCCAACCCUGAUGCACACGAUCUACUGCGUUGGAAACAAGUUCUGUCUUGAGAAGGGGCCUUGUAAAUACAAAUCUUUCAUUUAUAACUUAUUUUGUAUUAAAACGUUUCAAAGUUU